UUUGAAACAGCAUUUCCUGUGAGAUAAAUUAAAAUAUAUAUUAUGGUUUUAGACAUUUCUCAUGCAGUAUAUUAUAUAUCAUGUGUAAAAACAAGGGUGGCACACUGUGGUGAAGGUUCUUGGUUCAAACCCCGGUCCAGGCUGAACUCCUCCUCUCACUGUCAGCAGGGAUUUGCUCCAGCCCCCUGCUACCUUUAAGGAUGAUAGAUAAAGAUGAUGGCUGGAUGGAUGAGUGAAAAUACAGAUUUAACAUCAGCUUUAUGAACGUGAUCAGUGCAGUUUUUUUUUAAAGAUAAUGUGGGAUUCCCUUUGUUCUCUUAGAAACAUGUAGCGUUCUGCAUUGCACCUUUAAAUGUUCUUGUUUCUGGAGGUUGGUUUGUGAGCUGUCCAUCAGAGCAGGGAGUGGUGGGGCUGCAGAGGAGACAGCUGCUGAAUACCUGAGAUACUUCUCACCAGCAAACAGGCUGAGACAGAGAUGGAAAGAAUGAGAAAGAGAAACGAGCGGAGGACAGGCUUCUCCUCUCAGAACGGCUCUGUAUAAGAAGAAUAAGAAGAAUGAGGAAAAAGAUAGAAAGAAAGAAAGAAAGAAAGGGAGACUAGCCACGUGGAAAUUCCUCCAAUCUCUCUUUUCUUUUUACGAGCUUCAGUGUCUCUGACUGGAGAAUAAACAAAUGGUUGGGUCCUGUCAUCACUGGUUACUGGGUGGAGAGCUGUUAUUAAAUCUCUGGGAGGCGAGCACAAGAAAAGAAAGAGAGAGAGAGAGAGAGAGAGAGAAGAGGCAUGGCUGGAGCGAGGGAGAGCGCGGGAUAAAUAUAACACACAAAACUUCAGAGAGAGGGAGAGAGAGAGAGAGAGAGAGGGAUAGAGGGAGACUGGAAAGAGAUAUUUAAAACCCAGACGGAAGAAAGAGGCUCAGACAAAGAGAGAGAAUCAGGGAGGAGAGCUCUGAUCUGCCAUGUGACAGAAGCCCAGUUGACACAAGCGGAGAUGAGUCUGCUCCCAUUGGUCCAGGCAGGAGAAAGCCGGACACUGUCCAGAGCAGAGUUCCUCUCCCUGCUGAGAACCUACAACUGUUUCCUGAAGGACCACACUCAGCUGCACCUCAGCUACUCUCAGGGGCCUGAUGGAGAGGUGGUGGUGGAGGGCUUCCUGAACAUCUCCUGGGGGGUGCGCAGACCCAUCAGGCUGAAGAUACAGGACGACAAGCAGAUGCUUCCCUUCGCGCCUCUGAUGCCCCCGGACCCCGUCAGCCCCGUCAGCCCCGUCAGCCCGCUCGAGAACAAGAGGGGGAUGACGCGCUGGGGGGAAUAUGUGGACCUGCACCAGAUCGACGAGAUGUCAGAGACGGGACAGGAGACAGUCAGUAGCAGCCCUAAACCAGGCCCCCCCGUGGUUUUCGAGACCACCACCCUGCGUCCCGUGAGGCAGAAGAACCCGGAGCUGGAGGCCGAGUCCAACCUGUUCCGCUGCAUGAGCGACGCCUCGCUGGUCAAGAGGAGGCGGGGCAGGGGGAAGUCGGACGCCCAGAGAGAGAAGGAGAGACAGCACCGCUUCUCCAUCAACGGACACUUCUACAACUAUAAGACCGCCAUCUUCACUCCAUCCUUCGGGACACCAACUAAAGUUCGCAUCUCCAGCGCGAUGACCACAGACCAGGUCAUCGAGCAGCUUCUAAACAAGUUCAAGAUAGAGAACGACCCUCAGGAGUUUGCUCUGUACUGCGUUCACCAGAGUGGAGAGAAGAGGAAGCUCAGUAACAGGGACCAGCCCCUGUGGGAGCGCAUACUGCAGGGGCCCUCCGAUGACAUCAUGAAGAUCUUCAUGAUGGAUGUGGACGAACAGGAAGUCAGCAACGAUGUCGCCCAGUAUCUGAACCUGGAGCUUCCGAUCCUGCAGCAGGUUCUGGUGGAGCUCAGAGAGGAGGAGAACAGGGAGAUCCAGAGGGUCCGCAACAAGUUCAAAAAGCAGCAGAGGCUCUUGUCCCAUACGAUGAACAGCAAGAUGUCGCCUCAUAUUGAGACGAGCGUCUGACAGCUGACGAUCGGAGACACUGACAGACGACCCAUCAAUCAACCCAGAGAUGUUUUAUUAAUGAGAACUUUUUAAAAAUCGAUAUUUAAACCAGAACGAGGUCAAAGUCUCGAAUCUGGAUGAGAUUCUGAAUAAUUUGGGAAAGAACACAAAUGCUGAUACUAAAAGAAAAAAUACAUGAUUUUUUUUUUUAAAAAGCUGUAAGAAUCUUUUGUAAAUAAUUGUAAAUAAACUUUGUGAUUUCAAGAAUAAAUAUAAGUUGUGGGACCAG